AUGUACGGCGACUCCCUCCCGCCCUCUCGCUCGCAGACCCCGGCCGCGGCUCCGGUCGCCGAUUCGGCUUCGUCGUCGUCGUCGUCGUCGUCGAGUCCGUCGCCCAUCGAGCCCCCCAGGCGGCAUAUGCCCCUCGGCAGCGUCGCCUCGGAGGCCUUGACCUCCUCCGACUCGCUCAACUCGGUCUACAACUCGGACGACGAGGAUCUCAUCCUCGCUCGCCUCGAUAAUCUCAAGGACUCGACCAGCUACAACUCGCUCUCGCGCAAGCUCAGCGUCAACUUUGCCGCCGUCAAGGAAUCCCUUCUCUCCCAGCAGCAGCUUCUUCUUCAGGAUCCGUCGUCGUCGGGCCUGCAACUGCAACCGCAACUGCAACAGCCAAAUCCCGAUCUCGGGCCAUCACACCCGUCCGAUCCCGUUGUCCUGUCGCCACUGGCCCCGUCGGCGCCCUCGCCUGUCUAUGUCCCCAACGGCUACUUUUCGGCGUUCCAGUAUCGCUCAUCGCAGCCCGACAAGAUCGAUUGGGACUUUUGGGGCAAGGUCAUCUCCGACUACGAACACAUUGCCCGCAAGCAGUCACGGCUCCUGACCAAGAACCUGCAAAAGGGCAUUCCGCCGGCCAUCCGCGGGAUGGUCUGGCAACUGCUGUGCAAGGGCAAAAACGAGCAGCUGGAGCAGACCUUCCGCGCCAUGAUGAUCCGCCACUCCACCCACGAAAAGCUCAUCCAGCGCGACCUCGCCCGCACCUUCCCCAAGCACGAGUACUUCCAGGACGCCGGCGGGCCCGGCCAGGAGAGCCUCUUCAACGUCACCAAGGCCUACAGUCUGUACGACCCCGAGGUCGGCUACUGCCAGGGCAUCUCGUUUAUUGUGGGUCCGCUGUUGCUAAACAUGCCCGAUGAAGAGGCGUUCUGCUGUCUUGUGCAGAUCAUGAACGGCUACGGCUUCCGCGAGCUGUUCACUCCCCAAAUGACGGGCCUGCAGCUCCGGCUCUACCAGUUCGACCGCCUCGUCGAGGAGAUGAUGCCCAACGUCUUCAAGCACCUCGAACAGGAGGGCAUCAAGUCGACCAUGUACGCCUCGCAGUGGUUCAUGACCGUGUUUGCGUACCGGUUCCCGCUCGACCUGGUGCUGCGGAUCCUCGACAUUGUCUUUGCCGAGGGCAUCGAGUCGGUCGUGCGCUUCUCGCUGGCGCUCAUGAAGCGCAACAAGGACGAAAUCGUCAAGCUUGAUUUCGAAAACGCCCUCGACUUUCUCAAGAACGGGCUCUUUGACGUCUACAUGGACAAUAUCGAGCAGCUGAUCCAGGACGCCAGCGCCAUCAAGCUGCCAAAGUGGAAGCUCGACAAGCUCAAGGGCGAGUGGGAGGCCGAGUUCCGCAAAGGCGACCAGAACCUGAGCGAGAUCGACCAGGUCAAGGUCGAGAACCGCCAUCUCAAGGAGCAGCUCAAACGCAUGGAACAGAUGUACCAGCAGCUCAACCUCGAGCACACGCAGCUGGCGAACGAGCUCCUCGAGUACAAGCUCAAGGCCGAGAAGAGCGGCGAUCGUGUCGAGGCGCUCGAGAGCCAGGUCGAGGGCUUCAAGGACCUCCUGGCCCAGGACAGACUCUCGGCCGAAGCCAAGGUCAAGGAGGAGAUGGACUAUCUGUGCAAGAAGAACCUGGCUCUGGUUGGGUACAACGACAAGCUGCAGGACGAGAUCCAGGUGCUUGAGAUGGAGCUCAUCAAGACCCGCCAGGAAUACGUCGCCGUUGUCGAGGAGCGCGACGAAAUGAUCCAGAAAUGGGACGGCCUCAAGCGGGUGCUGGGUUAG